AUGGCGAAGACAUUGGUUGGCGCCCUCGCUCUGGCAGCGUUGCCCUCUGCGUUUGCAUUCAGCAAUACCUCGCCCUUCUUCCUCUUCUCCACGGCUGACUUGCUCCUCCCAAACGCAGACGCAUCGAUCGCGGAAUCAUCACAGACUACUGCCGACAUUCUCGGCGCGCUGAAGGACUGCCCCACGGAGUCCUAUGUUGUUAUUGAGCAGCGCGGUGUCUCCGCUGCCGACUAUGCAGACGGUCGCUCGGCACCCGUGCUGAGCCAGUACAUGGGCGGCAAGCAGGAGCAGGUCAGGACAACUUUCGCGGUCCCAGAUGUGGUUGGUCAGGUUGAUGGAAAUGCCAUUUUAUCGCAUCUCCAGUCAAGGUGUGGACACAAGGCGGGUCUGAAAGCUGUCGCAGCACCGGGCGCGGAGAAGGACCAGAGACUGAGCAGUCUGCAGGAUGCCGACGACAUGAUCGAUGAGCUCAUCGCCCAAUCUGAAGACUACACCGUCAUCUACAUCACGACGCCAAUAGACGAGAAGGUGGCCAAGGCACAACUGGAAAACCAGCACCCUCCAUACGAGAUGGAGAAUCCUUUUGGAAACUACGAGCAGUUCGAACUGAAGCGCGACCUCUCUUCCCACGUGCAGCGCGCGAAUGCGACCAACGCUGGCGGUCUCUUCGAGCGAUACCAAUACUUCACGCCCGGACUGUUCAUGGGUUUUGUUGCCAUCAUCCCGCUUUUCCUCAUCCUUCUCGUCGGCAUCAGGGCGCUCACCAGCCUUGAGGUAUCAUACUUCGCCUUCAGCAAAGAGAUGGGCCCGAACGCGCAGAAGAAGCAGUAGACGACGGUUCGAGUUUGACAUCAGUGUACAUGUACCUUCGUAGGGUUUGUAAGAGCAUAGGCACAGGCGUUAUCUGGCUUCCAUUUGUAGCGAUAUAUGCAGCGAGGAUACAGUGAAUCCGAAUUGAAUUGAAUCAC